AUGUUCGCAACCAGAUUACUGCGGGCGCCAGCUCGUAAUGUAUUCCAACAAAGUCUGCGAAGCUUUUCCUCCAUACCUUCCCGAGCAGAGCCUCCCAAGUCAUGGACUCCCAUGCCGCUUAUUACAGAGACAAUUGGAGGUGGCUAUCGGCAAUCAGACAUCUUCUCGAAAUUACUGCAAGAACGGAUCAUAUGCCUCAACGGUGAAGUGAAUGAUGUUCUCUCUGCAGCUGUCGUUGCCCAGCUUUUAUAUCUCGAGUCCGAUGCGCCGGAAAAGGCUAUUACUCUCUACAUAAAUUCACCAGGUGGAUCCGUUACGGCUGGCCUUGCGAUUUACGAUACCAUGACAUACAUUCGCUCGCCGGUUUCGACAGUCUGCGUCGGACAAGCUGCAUCAAUGGGAAGUUUACUACUCUGCGGUGGCGAGAAGGGAAAGCGGUUCUGUCUGCCACAUAGCAGUGUUAUGGUGCACCAGCCGAGCGGAGGAUACUUUGGACAAGCAAGUGAUAUUGCUAUCCAUGCACAGGAGAUAUUGAGAGUGCGGAGGAAGCUGAACGAGAUAUUCAUCAAGCAUUUGACCAAGCCACAUACUCUGGAGGAAGUGGAGCGACUGAUGGAGAGGGACCGGUUCUUGAGUGCCGAAGAGGCUUUAGAAAUGGGUAUUGUGGAUGAAAUCCUGCAGAGGAGGGUUGAGGGCGAAGAGAAGAAGAAAGAGGGAGAGAACGACACAUAG